AUGGUUAACAGGAGGCUGACCUGGUUCUUUGAGACCAACAAUAUUCUCAGGAGUGAACAAGCAGGUUUUAGGCCACAAAGAUCAAUGAACCAACAAGUAUCCACUUUCUCCCAACACAUCAAAGAUGCCCUUGAUGCAAGAAAUACCCUUACGGCUGUUUUCGUCGAUUUCAAAUCAGCAUAUGACUUAGUAUGGAAAGAGAAGCUAAUUCUUAAAUUGACAAAGAUUGAUGAUCUUGUUCUAUGGUAUUCCGCAAUGAAGGCCUUAACCAGAAGAGAAUUCCAGACCUCAAGGUGCAACGAACUUAAAGCUCGAACAAAGGAGAAACAGUGGACAGUGGCACUCUCCGAUAUAGCCGACUGGCCAAGAAUCGAAGCCGUUGCUGAGUUUAGACUACGUACCGGACACGAUUGCUUGACAAAACAUCUUCACAGAUUGGGAGUAUACACUCAACCCACAUGCCCCCUAUGUAACCUACAUGAGGAAAUGGAAAAGACCCAUCUGAUUCGAUGUCCAGCUCUAAAGACAACGACGGAAAGCCAGAGAUACUGGGAAGCAAGAAGACAGCUAAUGAACUGCUAUUAA